UGGCUGGUUUGCGGUUUCAUUAUGUCUUCAGGUCGUUUGCAGGAUUUUGUAAAGUUUGGACGUAAAAUAAUAGCAGUAGGAAGGAACUACAGGUCUCAUGCUGCUGAGCUAGGUAACCCAGUACCAAAGGAGCCACUUCUCUUCCUUAAGCCUGUCAGCUCUUACGUUGAAAUGGGUGGAGCUAUAGAAGUUCCUGAGAGAGUGCAAGAGCUGCAUUACGAAGUUGAACUGGGUGUGGUCGUAAAUGGAAGUGGUAGAGAUAUUCCGGAAAGUUCUGCUAUGGAGUACGUGGGCGGGUAUGCUCUUGCUCUGGACAUGACCUCUCGGGACCUUCAAUCAGCCGCAAAGAAGAGCGGACAUCCUUGGAGUGUUGCUAAAGGCUAUGACACGUUUUGCCCCAUUAGUCCUUUCAUUGAGAAGGAAAAGGUGAAUCCAUCAGCAGCUCGUCUUUGGUUAAAAGUUGACGGAGAGACAAAACAAAAUGGUGUAACGACCGACAUGAUAUUCUCUGUUCCGUACCUCAUAAGUUAUAUCAGUUCUAUAAUGACGCUGGAGACUGGUGAUCUAAUACUGACAGGGACACCCGAAGGGGUGGGGCCUGUAGUACCAGGACAGGUUAUCACUGCUGGAAUUGAAGGAGUGGUUCAAGUAGAAUUCCCCGUCAAGAAAAGAUGAGACUAUUAUGCAUUAAUAAAGGAUUUUAUUUUCUCAAUGUUAAAUUAAUUUUUUUGGUCAUUA